GGGGCGUGGCCCCACAGGAAGUUCUCGCGUUUAUGGAGCGGUAGGUAUUUCCGGCUCCGGUAUCAUGGCAGACUCCUACCCGGAGCCCGGCGGGAGGAGGCAGCAGUUCGGGGGCCGCUUGCUGAGCGAUCCGGCGCGGGUCUUCCACCACAAUGCCUGGGACAACGUGGAGUGGUCGGCGGAGCAGGCCGCGGCGGCCGAGAGGAAAGUCCGGGAGAACAGCACCCAGCGCGUUUGCCCGGAGAAGCAAGUUGAUUAUGAGACCAAUGCCCACAAAUAUUGGAAUGACUUCUACAAAAUCCAUGAAAAUGGAUUUUUCAAGGACAGGCAUUGGCUUUUCACUGAAUUCCCAGAGCUGGCACCUAGUCAGAACCAAAAUCACUUGAUGGAUUGGCUCUCAGAGAAGAAGAGCGAAGUGCCUGAAUGUAGGAGCAAUGCGGGUGAACCUGGUUUAAUAACAGAAGAACAGCACAAAUGCUCUUCAAACAGCCUGGGGCAUAAAGCACAGGCUCUUCCUGUGGAGGAGAAGGUAACUCAGAAACUCGGUCACUUGGAAAUCUGUGCUGAUGAGUUUCCUGGAUCCUCAGCCACCUACCGAAUACUCGAGGUUGGUUGUGGUGUGGGAAACACAGUUUUUCCGAUUUUAGAAACCAACAAUGACCCAAGACUCUUUGUUUACUGUUGUGAUUUUUCUUCCACAGCUAUACAACUGGUCCAGGCAAAUUCAGCAUAUGAUGCAGCAAGGUGUUUUGCCUUUGUUCAUGAUUUGUGUGAUGAAGAUAAGAGUUAUCCUAUUCCCGGGGAGAGUCUUGAUAUUAUCAUCCUCAUAUUUGUUCUUUCAGCGAUUGUUCCAGACAAGAUGCAGAAUGCUAUCACUAGGCUGAGCAGGCUUUUGAAGCCUGGAGGGAUGAUGCUUCUGCGAGAUUAUGGUCGCCAUGACAUGGCUCAGCUUCGGUUUAAAAAAGGUCAGUGUCUGUCUGAAAAUUUCUAUGUGAGAGGUGAUGGCACCAGAGUUUACUUCUUCACCCAAGAUGAACUGGACACACUUUUCACAACUGCUGGACUGGAAAAGGUUCAGAACCUGGUGGACCGUCGAUUGCAAGUGAACCGAGGGAAACAGCUGACAAUGUACCGAGUUUGGAUUCAGUGCAAAUACCGCAAACCUCUUCUGGCCAACUCUGGCUCCUGACAGGAUGGGGGCUCCGUGGCUUUUUAAAAACAUUCACAGCUGGCGUCUUGUUGAUGUUGGACAGUCCAAGGAAACUUGAGCCUUGAACCCAGGGAAAAUGACUUUUAUCAAGAUUCUAACAAUCAUGCUUUCUAUUUGUGAAGCCCUUUAAUGUAUACUUUUUUCCAGCUUUUUCUUACUUUGAGAUCUCAAAAUACCUUUCUUGUCAUUUUAUAGUAUCUUAAUAACUAAAGUAUUCAUGGGAAUUGGGAAUUUUAAAGGCAUCAAGAAAUUUCCAUGUGAAAGUAUCAUGUAUGAUAAAGUGCCAUUUGACUGUAUGUUUCAUUAAGUUAUUUGAAAUGCAAAUUCCUGGUUCCAAGGUGUUUUAAGCAUUUUUCCCCUUCUCUAACCUGUGUCCAAAAAUUAAAAGGAUCUUCAUUUUUAG